GUCAACUUCAAAUUCAAACAACGGACGGAAAUCACCGUACUACUUUCAAGGAUCACAUGGAGACGCGAAGACAGAUGCGAAGCGACAACCAUGCCGACCUCAGUCAAGACAUCAAGCGGAAAAGUCAACAGACUCGUUCGUGACAGCUAGCUCAACGUUUGCCGAUCUACAAAGCCAAGGCCAAGCUUUACUGGGUGGACAGCCGCACAUGGAUCGCGACGAUCCCUAUCGAAGAGCAUUGGCUGCCCAAGGCUCUUCUGGUAAGAGCCGCGCGGCUGAUCUCGACCCGCUGCAGCCUCCUAAUCGUCGGCAAGGAUGGAUGGGCUCACUACGUCGAGCGCUUACCGCAAUGUCUAAUGAGCGCAGCUUCAGCUUGACCAGCCAAAACAAACAGCCAGUAUCGACAGAGGAGAUUGAGCCACGUACAUCAACAUCAUCGCCAACUCGAAUUCGUCAAAAGCCCCUCGCAGGCGAGCGACCUCGUCGCACGGUUUCUGAUGGCGGUGCUUUGCUGAAGCAAAAGCGAGGUCAGAAGGAUUGGCAAGAAGAGCCGACAACAAGAGACCUUGAUGCUGGCGACUGGGGCGAGCCACGCUCAUCGUUAGAAGCCAAGCAAGCUGAAGGCGAAUGGGAUGUGGAAGGCGAGGCAUCGAAGCGAGACGUUCAAAUGAUGUUCACUGUACCAAAGGCAAGACUUAGGGUGGUAAAUGCUGACAUUGAGCGCGCAAGUAUGCGAAGCGCAAGUGACGGCGCUGUCAGCCGGAAGGGAAGCUUGGCAAACUUGAAGCGUGAGAACAGUGUCAACACUGUCCGAAGCAGAAGUGAUGGCGAAGGCGGGCAUAAGGAGAGACAAAGACUGGUUCUUGGGACGACAAAGGAGGAAGAAGAGACCGCAGCCAGUUCGGGUGUUAGGCUCGGCUGGCUUUAAGCUCUGAUCUGACUGGAUUGUUGGACAUUUUGGGAUUGAACUUUUGGAUGAAUAUUGGACUGAUCUGAUCAUAUCGGCUUUCGGAUUUGGGCUUGGUACCGUCAUGGGUUACAUCGGGACCUGGGAAGGAAAGGCAUUGAAUGUUAGCGAUUGGUGUUCGGCGUC